ACGUCGAUGAUUAGACGAUGCAUCAUUCUUCUGCAUCAAGCGUUUGUGUGUUCAGUGUAUUCGUUCUUAUAAUUUAUCACGCAUUUUGAUUGUUUUUUUUAUAGUUUUUGACAUGGAUCGCCACCGCGGGUCUGGUUACCGGAAUCCCUCGUCAUCAAACUAUUCUUCUUCAGAUUAUUCUGGAAGAAAUUUUGAUAAUAACAAUCAGCAUCGUAGAAGCCAAGGUGACAGUCUUGGCUGGUCAGGCGAAAGAAACCCUUAUUCGGCACCAAAAGAGUAUGAAAAAUAUUCUUCAUCUGAACGAGUUUUUAUUAUAGGUACCAAAAGAAGAUAUGAACAAUCAGGAGAUCAUAAAAAAUCUUACGAUCAACAUUCACAUAACCAGGAUCCUCAUCGUAAAUAUCAUCGGUCUGAUGGCAGCCACAGUUUUGAAGGUCGGAGUAAUCAUCUUCACCACCGCCCGCAAUACGAGCAAAGCUCAUCGAGUAGUCGUGGCCGCAACUACUCCUAUGAAAACAACCGUUCUAGCAGUCACGACCAUGAUUCUAAUUCUCAAAGACGAUUUAAUGACAAUCGUCGUUAUCAGCAGCGUGGUGCUAGCUCCAGUGGAGGCCACCGAGGAAACGGAGGAUUUAUUUCAUCCCGUGGAAGAGGGCGUGGACGAGGAGCUAAUAGAAACCAUGGUGCUGGUUCUCAGCAUUCCAAAAACAAAAAUUACCAGAGCGAAAAGAAUGAGGAUUCCUCAUCCCCAAAUCGGUUAUCUAUAGCAGAAGAGUCUGCUUGUGCUAGCGACGUUCCCUCGGUUUCGCCUAGCCGUCAACCACCAGAAAAUAAUGUUGAUGCAACAUCUGACAAAAUCGCCGCAGUUCAUUCGGAGAGCGACAAAUCAACGAGAGAAGAGAAGGAUCACGGUCAGGAGAGAGAAAUUAAGAUUAAGCAAGAUCCAGAUGCGACUGCUGACGAAAGUGUAAAGACUGAUGAUGACCAGCACUCCAGAACAGAAGAAACUGGAAGGAAAUCAGAGAAUGAGCGAUCUCCGAAAAGGAAGACAACAUUGAAAGAGUUUCCCGAACAUUUCAUCAGAUUGCAAUGCCCUCACUGUAAUCAGCGAUCGAUUACAUUUAGAGAAUAUAUUGUCCAUCUUUCUUCGCCACGUCAUGCGAAAUCGCUGGAAAAGAUUUCGCUACAACAUCGGAUGUCACUUGCCAAAUUGAGAACGCGGCAGCGUAAGGAGCAAUCGCAGAUUGAGGCUCAAACAUCUCGAUCAUCACACAGAGCUCAAAUGAACUUUUGUGCCAUCUGCAAACUCUGUCACAGUGAGAGUCGUCCAAACCACGAAACCACUGAGCUUCACAAGAUAAUCAAGAACUUUUUAAUGCCAUAUUGUCCAAUCUGUCGAGUCAAUUUCAAGUCUCGUAUGCUUUACGAGAAACACGUUGCAACUUUAACGCAUAUCAAGAACAAGGUAAAUAUGGAAAAAAGCUAUGAACGCCGUCGUGAAGAGGAACGCAAGCACGAUAGGAACGGAUUUGAAAAGGACGAACUUGUAUUGGAUCUCGAAAACUUUAUGACGCUUGAUGCCGUUGGCAGUGUUGAUGGCGACGCAGAAAAUGGAGUGUCUUUAGAAGAAACUGCUGUCGGUCAGGAGUGUGUCAAGAAAGUUGAAGCAUUUUUUUGCGACGUUUGCCAACGAUAUUUAAGUCGAGUCGAGCCUUUGGAAAAGGGUCUCGAGUUUCAUUGCCGUACCCGUUCGCACCAUCGCGCCUAUGAAGAACACCAAAACGGACACAAAGAAUUUGAAAAUUGUGCAGAGAAUGAAGACGGAACAGAGAAAGAACUGAAGCGUUCAGAAAGUCAAGAGCUUUUACUGGUUGAGGCGGAAAAAGAUAUUGGAGAAAUAUGUGAUUUGAUAGGUGAUGAUGAUCAAACUCCCGAAGAAGAGUAUGGCGGUCAAGCUUCGGGAGAAGAAAGCAGGAAUGCUGAAGAAGCAGAUGAAAAAAACCAGGAACAUUCUGAAGCUACUGAAAUCACUACAAAUGAGGAUGACUACGAAAAGGAUGAUUUAUCUACCAAUUAGCCAUGGAAGGAUCAGUACGAGUUCAGGAGAUGAAUUGUUAACCUCCAAAUUGACCUAUCCCAUUUAAGAUGAACACAGAAUGUAAAGGCGUCACGUAAUGUGCACUGAAUUAAGGUUGUUUUUCGAGUUAUUUUCGAUGGAUUUUCUUGUUUCUUUAAGAAAUAAGCACACCCAAUUUCUGCAUUGAAGCUUGGAGAAUUUUUACUUAUGGCAUGUUAAAAUUCACACAACUCGACCCUUUUUCAUGUCAACUAUUGUGUACCUAUUGGUGUACUUUGAACAUGAUAUUAAAUGGAAAAAAAAUUCUG